UACUUGGAAUUUUCAUGAUAAAGUUUCAUGCUAUGAGAGCAUCUCGAGAAUUUAAUCAGGCAGAACAGCGAGCAGCAGAUUUUAUGACAAAAAAAAUUGAAAAAUUAUAUUUACCACUUGCUUAUAAACAAAUGAUUGAUGAAAUUAUGAAUAAUAGACAUGAGUUAUAUAGCAUUGAUGCUAAUAUUACUAGUGAUGAAUUAAUUAUGAAGUCAGUUCUUGUGCAUAUUGUUGGAUUACAUGCUUCCAUUCCUCAAGAUACAUCACCAUUAGCUGCUUAUUUACAGGAUGCCCAAGGAUGUCAAUCACAUUAUAUUAUAGCUUGUCAGUCUGAUUAUGAAACUGUUUUAUUUAAUGCCAUUGCACAAGGUGGAGUAGUAAG